AUGGUGGAUUACGGAGGGAAAGGCGUGAGCUGGGGUACUACAGCCAUAGUGAGCACAUCCUUGCGGGGCCAUGAAGUAGCGGCGACCCUCCAAAGCCAGCAGCACAGAGUCCGUUUCUCAGAUGGCGUAGACGAUGGAUCCGUUAUUUUUCCUCUCUCAGGUAUAGCUUUCUUACUAACAACUGCCCAGGAGCUCAUCGAAACUUCCAGAGCCGUCGUCUUUGAAAGGAUUCAAAGCUUCAUAUCUGUUCAUCGGAACGGCUUCCUAGUGAUAGAGGCCGCUCUGCAUGAAUCAGACGAAUGGGAUUUAAUGUUCGGUAUUCAGCAGAGAUUUCUUGGAAGUAACUUACGAAUCCUUCCUGCUCACAAUAACGGGGAUAUUGUUAAAAAUAUGUUAAUAAUAGCCAAGGCAACUUCCAAACCCCAUACUGAAAUCAUACAGGACAGAAUUUUAAAGGCAAAAACGCAGAUUGUUGAAAGUAGUCCAGUUUGGGAAGUCCUUGACCAGAUUUGAUAGAAUUGUUUGGUACGAGUUCUAUAACUUAACGUUUCUGUAAGUUGUCUAAAGGGAAAAUUGUAGUGUAGAAUUUAGCGUUUUGUCACAUCAGUAUACACUUUGGAAUCGCAAUAAAACCUUUAGGCUAUUU